GUGGGUGAGUAAUUCUGUCACCAGUGACCUGCAUCCCCUUCCUGAACCCAGCUGCCAGCCCACAUCUAAAGCAGCUUAGCAUCAGGGACUAACACUUCAUAAUCACCCCCUUCAGAGGGAGGUGAGAUUGCCAGCAUCCCUCUACCACUUGGAUCUUCUGCUGUUACCUGAAAGGUGGGCCCUCACCGCUGACAGAUGGCAGAUUGCUCAGGAUUUCUGGGGUUUCUGAAGCAAAUACCUCCAUGCCUCAGCAUCUUCUUCACCUACCUUCUCUUCCUUCAGGUGUGGGAGGUGAACUCAGAGGAGGUCUGGGUGCUGGGCCCUGAGGAGUCCAUUUUGGCCCGCGUCGGGGAAGCGGUGGAGUUCCCAUGUCGAUUAUCAUCAUACCAAGACGCAAAGCACAUGGAAAUUCGCUGGUUUCGGACCCAGGUCUCCAACGUGGUGUACUUGCACCAGGAGCCGCAGGAGCGCUCCAGCCCGCAGCUGGCACAGUUCCGAAACAGGACCUUAUUUGAAGCAUAUGACAUUGCCGAGGGCAGCGUGAACCUGCACAUCCUUAGCGUGGUUCCCUCCGACGAGGGCAGAUAUGGGUGCCGCUUUCUUUCUCACAACUUCUCUGGUGAAGCCAUGUGGGAGCUGGAAGUAGCAGGAUCGGGCUCAGACCCACACAUCUCCCUCGAGGGCUUCAAUGGAGAGGGCAUUCAGCUGCAAUGCAGUUCCAGUGGCUGGUACCCCAAGCCAAAGGUUCAAUGGAGAGGCCACCAGGGUCAGUGCCUUUCUCCAGAGUCUGAAGCCAUCACCCAGAAUGCCCAAGGCCUCUUCAGUCUGGAGACAUCUGUGAUUGUCCGAGGAGGGGCUCACAGCAAUGUGUCUUGUAUAAUCCAGAACCCCUUGCUGUCCCAGAAGAGAGAGUUCACCAUUCAGAUUGCAGAUGUGUUCCUACCCAGAAUGUCCCCCUGGAAGAAAGCGUUUGUGGGAACCCUGGUGGUCCUGCCGCUCAGCCUGAUGGUGCUCACCAUGCUGGCACUGCGAUAUUUUUACAAGCAGCGGAGCUUUCAAGAAAAACGGGUGAAGCAGGGAGAGAAGGUCAGAGAGAAACUUCAGACAGAGCUUGACUGGAGAAGGUCCGAAGGCCAGGCUGAGUGGAGAGCAGCCCAGCAAUAUGCAGUGGACGUGACCUUGGAUCCUGCCACAGCGCACCCUAGCCUGGAGGUCUCCAACAAUGGCAAGAGCGUGUCCUCCCGCCUGGGGGUGCCCAGUACUGCAGCCGGGGACCCGCAGCGGUUUUCGGAGCAGACGUGCGUGCUGAGCCGGGAGCGCUUCUCCAGCGGCCGCCACUACUGGGAGGUGCACGUGGGCCGGCGCAGCCGCUGGUUCCUGGGCGCCUGUCUGGAGUCGGUGGAGCGAUCCGAGCCCGCACGCCUGAGCCCGGCGGCCGGCUACUGGGUGAUGGGGCUGUGGAACCGCUGCGAGUACUUCGUGCUGGACCCGCAUCGCGUGGCACUGGCGCUACGCGUGCCUCCCCGGAGGAUAGGCGUACUGUUGGACUAUGAGGCGGGGAAACUGUCUUUCUUCAACGUGUCCGAUGGCUCGCACAUCUUCACCUUCACCGACACUUUCUCAGGGGCGCUCCGCGCCUACUUAAGGCCCCGAGCCCACGAUGGCAGUGAACACCCGGAUCCUAUGACCAUCUGCUCUUUGCCGGUUAGAGGGCCACAGGUCCUCGAAGAGAACGACAACGACAACUGGCUACAGCCCUAUGAGUCUCUGGACCCUGCCUGGGCUGAUAAUGAGGCACUGUGGUGACCUCAAGGCCAGGUCCAAGUGCUGUCCUGAACUCCUGGACAGCACUUUGCUCUCCUUCAGCCAAAGCAGAGUCAGCAGAAAGAGGAUAAAGAGGGCCUAUACAGAUGAAUGUAUAUAAUUAUCUUUAAACAGGCAAAUGAGAGAUUGUUUGUGUAUAUAGCAGGAUUCUGGAGUGUGCAGUGUAGGAGAUGGGAAAGAAAUCAUAAUUAUCUGCUAAUGUGUGUAUAGAUCUGUAUAGUGUGUGUGUGUGUGUGUAUAGUGUGCGCGCGUGUGUAAUUUUGUGUAUCCUGCAAAAGUCUAGAAGUAAUGUCAUUUCAUAAACAAUGAGUUCACCUUUGGCCCAGCUCUGAAUACAGCUUAUAGCAACUUCCUUGAUCAUGUAUGUGGCAAUUUGAACAUGAAAUUCAGUAACGGCAGUGAUGUGGUUAAGGGCAAUCAGUGGUAGAGUGCUUGCUUAAUCCGAAGGAUAGCGCACAUCUUCAACUUCACCCACACUUUCCCCAGGAAAGUGCAUUAGAUCCCCAGCCCAGGAUGGCAAGAAUGCAGUAAACAUAAACAUACAUCUAAGUAACAUUUCACAGACUGAGAAGGCUAUAUUUAGCAAAAUAUAUGUAUAUACAUAUACUCACAUAAUAACAUUAAUUUUAAAAGCUGUGAGUUUGAAAGAGAGCUUGAAAUGAGGCAUAGGAGAAUUUGGGGGGAGGAAAAGGAAGGGAGGAAUUAUGUAAUUUCUUUAUAAUCUCAUAAAAUUAAAAAAUAAAACAAUGCAGUAUUAGGCAAUAACUAAAACCCAAAUGCAAAAGUCCAUGCUAACACUUUAUUUUUUCUCUUUUUAAAAAGGAAGCCUUAAAAAUAAUCAAGUGAAACCUCUCUAAAAGAGAAUGGGAAGGAUGGAAUGAAAAAGCUAUUAGCUUUGCAUCAAGGAAACAAUCAGUAUAGACAAAAACAAACAAACAAACAAAACAAAAAAAGCAAAGAAACAAAAAACUAAUGGCUGGUAAGCCCACCAGGCAGAGCCUAUUGAAAAGCAAGAUGGCUCCAAUCUUAUGUAGCAGUCUUACAUAUUUCUUAAAAUAAUGGAAAUAGAAACACAACUGAGAAAAAAAGUGUAUGAAAUGAUUCCUAGUGACACCUGUAGACUGGAGCCUAGCACAAUCAUUAUCAGAGAGGCUUCAUCCGGCAAUUGAUAGGAGCAGACACAGAGCCCCACAUCUAAACUUUAGAAGCACAGCAAAUCCCCUAAAGGGAGGAGGAAGUUUUAUAGAUGCCAGAAGGGUCAAGGACAAGGACACUGUGUGACCACGGCCCACAGAAUCGACUAAGCAGGGCUCAUAGGCGUUCCCUCGCAGAGACUGAAGGGAGGAUCAGGGAGACUACAUGGAUCUGACCGAGGUCCUCUGCCUGUAUUUUACAGUUGUGUAGCUUGGUAUUCUUGUGAGACUCCUAACAGUGGUUGCAGUGGCUGUCUCUGGUUCUUUUGCCUGCUUUGGGGGCCCCUUUCCUCCUACUCGGUUGCCUUGCCCAGCCUUGAUAUGAAGGGAUAUGCCUACUCUCACAGCAUCUUAUUUUGCCAUGUUUGGUUGAUCUCCUUGGGAGGCCUGCUCUUUUCUGAAAUGGAGGAGGAGUGG